AGACGAAGACACCCGACCCCCCGCCAACAUGGCGGCCCAACUGAUCCCUCCGCAGAGCGCUUUCGACCCGACGCAACGCGUCACCGCCGCCAUUAUAGAUUCCGUUGUGAGUGACUGAGUUGUCCCCCGCACUUCGCGACGCAAAAAUUGCACUGGUAAAAGCGAAAUUGCAGUCGUGAGAAGCAUCGAAUAACAAUCGUAUCAGUGAAUACGUCCGAAUAAUUGAGAUGAAGACGUACAGUAGGAAGAAGGGCGACAGUCCGAGCAACGUUAUUAUUCACGUCAACGAAUUAUGCCGACUGUGCUUGGCCAAGGAGGAAGAGAUGGUGCCGAUUUAUGAUGACGAGGCCGUGCCGCUGCCGCUCAGGAUUAUGGCAUGUGUUAAUCUCGAGGUUUAUGAAGAGGACGGCCUGCCAAACAUGAUCUGCCACCCCUGCAAGUAUCAACUCGACAAGUCCUACCAGUUCAAGAAGAAGUGCGAGGCUGCUGACGCCAAAUUACGAAAGCACAUGAAGUUGAUUCAUCGACUGAGUGGCCAGGGCGAGGAGGAGGAGGCGAGUCAGGACGACGGGAACGAGUCUGGUGACGAGCCAUCCGGCAGUGGAAAGUCUCGUCAAGUGAAGCAACUGCUCGCUGAUCUUGUCGCGGUGAAAGGGGAUGGCAGUCAGGCCGACGGAGAUCCGAUCGAGGUGACUGAGGAGGAGCUCGUUGGAGGAUACAUUCUUGGAAUGAGUGCUGAGAACAUGGACAACGAGGAGACAAUAUCGGAGGGUCCCUCCAACAUAACCCUGAUCCCGGCCGAGGAGAAAACGGCAAAGGCCCGUUGCACAAUGCGUGCAGCUCGCAUAAAACAAGAGCAAGAGUCAGAGGACGACGGGGACGAGCUCCAAAAAGCGAUAUCGACAGUCGACCGAAAGAGCGUCUACAUGAUGGAGUUGACGAGUCACAUGUCGAAUCAGUCUGAGAACCUCCAGCUGCAGCCAAUGGGUGACUCCCUGGUGGAGGCUAGCGAGGAGAUGAAGGUCUUCAAGUGCGAUCAGUGCCCGAAGGCCUUCACCCGAAGAAUAAUGCUGAAGAGCCAUCAGUCAGUCCACUCGACCCAGCGAGGCUUCACGUGUCAGGCCUGCGAGAAGUGGUUCCCAACGAGAUCAGCCCUGAUAAGACACGAGCGCACACACACGGGUGAAAAGCCCUUUGGCUGCAACAUCUGCCAUCGUGCAUUCGCCCAGAAGGAGAUCCUCCUGCGUCACCUGAUGACUCACUCUGGGCAGAAGCCCUUCCAAUGUCAGGAUUGCGACAAGAGUUUCACACAGAGGGAGGCCCUGAGGGUCCACAUGAGGCGCCACCAGAAGCUCGAUCCCAAUGACAUUCAACUGCAUCACUGUCAAUUGUGCCCCAAGGCUUUCUGCCAUGCCUCUGGACUCAGCAGACAUCUGGUCACUCACACUGGGAGAACUUACAAGUGUGUCGAGUGCGAAAAGUCCUUCACUGAUAAGAGCUCUUUGCUGAGACACAGUCGCAUUCAUGCACCCAAGAAAAUGUAAAAUUAAGAGAAGGCUAUUCCAUUUUUUUCGGUUGGGGGUGUCUGAGGGAAUAGCGGGCUUUCAAAAUGGAUUUUUAGCUUCUCUGUUCUGUUAUGAAUUCGUAAACUAGGAUAAGUGCAUUUUUUUUUCGCCAAAUCCCGUCCGCAAAUUGUUGGGAAGUGAUUUGAUAUUUUUUAAAACGCAUCUGCGAAACAAAUGCACUUGUCCUAGUUUAUCAGUUCACAGAGUUGUCACUGAGAUUUUUUCAUUGAAACGAAAUGAUGCAAUAUGAAAAUGUAAAAGGCAAAGGAAAAUUAUUUCAUUGUAUUAUUUUUUUAAAUGAAUUUUUCGCCAAAUUUUUUAUUUAGCGGGCGACAAAUUUCACGCGAAACCCCAAUCACAAUUCAUGAUUAUCAUUUUUUUUUCAUUUCUCUGAGUCUAUUUUUCUCAUUUUGAAAAGUAAUUGACAUAACAGAAUUAAUGCCGAAUAAAAUUUUAAAAAUCCACUCAGAUACCCCCAAUGCACUUAUCAUUACUCUAAUUAACGCAGAUCCCAUAAUUCUAAGAUUCAGUGAAACAUUUCAAUGCGAAAAUAACUUUAAUUUCAUAAAAAUUAUUUCUGACUGCUGAGAACGGUUGGAUUUAAUUCGAACUUUUUCAACUUCUUAUCACCGAUGAUUGAUACGUGAGGCUAAUUUUACUGUAUAUAUUCAUGUUUCGAAAAUUAUACAUUUUUUAUGUACCGGAGUCCAAAUUGGGGG